AUGGCAUAUUCCAAUAGUACCAGUGACCGAAUGGACGAGUUGCGCUUUCGAAGCCAGCAAUCACCUCGAACCGAUCCCUCGUUGCAUGGGCUUGUCUCUCCACCGCGAACCACAACCAGAUUGCCCCAACCUCUUCAUACGCAAGAUAAUCGAGGUGGAUUAAUGCGAAGAUUCACUACGGAUUCAGGUCGGGUUCCUACAAUGAAUACGCUCGCCAAUCAGCGCGGUGUGCAGGAGUCUCAGGAGUAUGGCCCUUCGACGUACCACAAAGUCCAACUGUUAGAAAAAAAGAAACUCGAAUACGAGAGGUUACGCGAACAGAAGAGACGCUUCGAGGCUGAGAUGCAACUGCUGGACCUACAGCAACGCCGCGAAGAACAAGAACUUGCACAGAUGCAAGAAGACCUCGGUCGAUCUAACAAGAAUUCCAACGCUGGUCAUCAGUCUGAACCUACCACUCCUCCAGAAUAUCGCGAGUCAAGCUCCGGCUUUCCAUCUGUCUUUUCACGCCCCAAUCGGUAUUCGACCUCCAGCCUCACUUCCCCCCCAGGCAUUUACAACCGACCAGGCAGAUCAGGAUCGCAACUUACAUCACCCCAAUCAGGUAUAUUACAAUCUCGCAUGAUGGAUGAUAAGCUCCCGUCCAAGUCCGUUCCGGGAUCUCGACGCAACAGCGAUGAGGAUGAGAAGGAAGAGGCUGUUCGACAAGAUCCAACCUCUCAUAGGGCUACAACUGCACUCAACAGAUACAGUAUGCCAGUUACCAAGUCUCGCAACGGUAUGCAUGACUUCUUGAACCAAGACCCUUCCAACACCACACGAUUUCUUUUUGGAGAAGAUGAUGGUGCCACAUCUCCAGAUGUCAAUAAAUACCUUCAGAUGAACACUACCGAAGACAACUUCCCUGUUCUCGUUCGUCGCGAUGAAUACCCUGGCUUGCUCUCCGCCUCUUCGGCUGCUCUUGACCUUGCGACCUCUCAAUCUCCUGGUCCCGAAGGCCUCUCCUCCAGUAAUGGGUGGCAUGCGUUCACUCGGCACAAGUCUUCCCAAUCGCAGCAGCUUCCGAUGAGCAUUAGCCAGGCGCCAACAAACGGCUCAGUUUCGACUGCUCAGAUCAACGAUCCCAUUUCGCCAAUCAGUGUUCGUCCAUCCUCAUCAUACCGACACUCUCUAGACUUGCAAUAUUACGAUGGUUCUCAAGAGCCUGCGACAUCCCAAGUCACGUCACCAUCAAAAAUGGCCCAAGCCACUCCACCAAAGCUUCAGUCAUCCUACUCCGCCAACGAUGUACCUACUAUGAGAACGACUGCUAAUGGUAUAUCGAACGUUGCCACAACCCCAAAUUCGCAUGCUCAACAACAUUUGCACAACCAUAAUGCUAGUCUCGGCCGCAUCCCUCCAAACGCAAUGAACAGACUUAGCCGAGAGCUUACCUCGCCUGAAACUGCCACCUUACGCGAGGCUCAAAAUGGAGGUUAUCAAUCGAUUCAGUCGGCACUUCAAGCCAAUGCAGCACCAUUUGGUCCUUCACCUUCUCAAAACAUGUCUCAGGCACCAGUCCCCGCUCCGAUGGUUUCUCCAACUGGCCAACAACAGUAUCCUGCUCCAGUUCCUGGAUAUUACAACAACUACAACAUGCAGAUAAUGUCUAUGAAUAUGGGAAUGCAAAACAUGGCACUUAAUCAACCAAUUUAUCCAGGUCCUAACCAAUACAGCGGGUAUGGCGGUCAAAUGUAUUCACCUCAGAGUCAGCCUCGUGAUAGUCAGGCUCGUGUGAUCCAGCAACGCCGCCAGAAUGAUGGGGAAGCUAUGAACCGAUUCGCCAAUCUGGCUUUGGAACAACUGGGUGGUGAGAUCUAUAAUCUGUGCAAAGAUCAACACGGAUGCAGAUACCUUCAAAAGAAACUCGAGGACCGUAAUCCUGAUCAAGUCCACAUGAUCUGGCUUGAGACCAAUCAACAUGUCAUUGAGCUCAUGACUGAUCCGUUCGGCAACUACCUCUGCCAAAAGCUCUUGGAGUAUUGCAAUGAUGAGGAGCGCACCGUCCUUAUCGAGAACGCCUCGCACGACCUUGUCCGCAUCGCCCUCAACCAACAUGGCACAAGAGCUCUGCAGAAGAUGAUCGAGUUUAUCAGCACGGAGACACAAAUCAACAUCAUUAUCCGUUCCCUCAAAAAUCGUGUCGUCGAGCUUAUCCAAGAUCUGAACGGAAACCACGUUAUCCAAAAGUGCCUUAAUCGAUUGACAGCACAACAGUCUCAAUUCAUCUUCGAUGCCGUCGGAAUUCACUGCAUUGAUGUUGGAACUCAUCGUCACGGAUGUUGUGUUCUACAGCGCUGUAUCGACCAUGCCUCAGGAGAUCAAAAAUCUUGGUUGAUUCGACAGAUCUCCAACAAUGCUUAUGUUCUGGUCCAAGAUCCCUUCGGAAAUUACGUUGUUCAAUACAUUCUUGAUUUGAACGAACCUAUCUUCACAGAGCCCCUUGUCGCCAUGUUCCAAGGUCGAGUGGGACAGCUCUCGAAACAGAAAUUCAGCUCCAAUGUUAUCGAGAAAUGUCUCCGCUGUGCUAAAGAGCCAUCAAAGGAUAUGCUAAUCGAAGAGAUGCUUCAACCUACGGAGCUUGAUCGCCUUUUGCGCGACUCUUUCGCCAACUAUGUCAUCCAAACCGCUCUUGACUAUGCUAAUCCAGCAAUGAAGACUCGUCUUAUCGAGGCCAUCCGCCCCCAUCUACCCGCUAUUCGCACUACCCCAUACGGUCGCCGCAUUCAAGCCAAAAUCCAAGGCAAUGAAGGUCGUAGCGGUCCGUCAAGUGGGCAAGCUACUCCUGCUGAAAUGGUGGAGCCGACUCAAACCCCUGUCCGCCACCAGCGUGGUCUCUCGAACGCAUCGGCCUCUGGCAACUCAUUUGUUAGUCCUCUCGGUGCUUAUAGCAACGGCUUUACUCCUGCCAAUGGCGCCACCAAUGGCCACCCUCUCACAUCACCCCAGAAAGCCAUUCCCUUCCCAUCUAGUACAGAGCUCGCCUCCACCCCAUCUAACACCCAAUACUUUCCUCAACCCUACGGUAGAGGUGCUGGACAAGGGGUUGCUGGACAAGGUAACGGCAACUGGUUGUAA